CUGGUCAUUCCUGGAGCCUGUUCUGAAAGAACUUCGGGUUCUCCAAACCGGUGGAAUGGUUGUGAAGACACCAUCUGGAGAUAUUAGUGCGAAAGUCCAUGUACUAAUGACAACUGGCGACAUCCCAGCUCUGGGAAAGAUGGCUUGUCAUGUGGGCCAUAUGAGUAAGGAUGGCUGCCGCAUCUGCCACGUUGUGGGUCAAUCUCCUGGCCAUGGCCAAUAUUUCCGAAUGCCAUCUGCCAUCACCAUGCGCACACCGGAAAGUUUCAAGCACUUUGAUGAGGUGGCCUCAUCCAGCAAAAAAGGGUUAACUGGCCAAUCUCCCUUCUCCUUACUGGAUUCCUUCUCUGGUCCAUUCUUCUUUGCAUUGGAUGAAAUGCACGGCAUUUGUCACGGCAUUGGCAAACAGGUCUGGGGGCUCGUGUGUGGCAAGUAUGGAAAAGAUCAUCCUCUCUCUCUCUCCCUUGCUGCUCAGAAAGAAAUUGAUACUGCCAUGGUGUCAACCAGAAGAAGUAUUCCAACAUCUUUCCACGGUGCAUGGAUCAACAUCGCAACAAGAUCAGGGUACUUCCGGGCUGUGGACUGGGCUGACUUCAUCUUGUUUGUUAUCCCCACGCUUGUGGCAGAGCGUGUCUGUGACCAAGCUGCCCCUAAAGGAGAGGUCCAGCUCAAGGUCUUUACGAUCAACCAGCACCUCCUGCAGCACUAUCCCGCAAUGAUAGAAGCGUAUGGUCCCCCCAGAGCGUAUAGUGCACGAUCUGUCGAGAGGGCGAUUGGGAAAUACUCACGAGCAAUAAAGAGUAAUUCGGCAAUUGGAAUCAAUGCUGGCAACAUCAUGCUUGGCUUGACACAGAUUCAACAGAUGAGAGUUGAAAAUUCAAUAAUGACAACAGCAACAGUAACAGCAACAACUCUCCUUCAGUAUGACGAUUCCUCUGCUGGUAGUAAUGUUGGUACUGAUUCUGACAUUGAGUUCUGGGGGCCUUUGAGGAACAGAACGAUUGUUGAUAGUUUUGGAGGCAUUUCUUGUCUUCCAGAGCUUCUUCAAAAGUUCUACGAAUCAAAGGGGGAAGAGUGUAGUAUGAUUGAAGCAGCCAUUAAAACAAGCCGUAAGGCAUUUGUAAAUGGUUGUGUUAUUGACUCUGCACUCGACCAUAAUUGUGUAAGAGAGGCACAUAACGUCAGACUUCAGGUUCAGGUUGAUGAGAACCGCAGCAUUGGGCAAAGCUACUCUCCAGUCUACAAGGAUUUCUUUGGGAAGGUCGUCGUUUUCUUUGAGCACAAGCUCAACAACAAGAGGUGGCCGCUUGUCCUUGUCAAUGUUUAUGCAGUUCGUUUGGUAAAUAGUAUACCAGCAAUCAACAAUGGACAAAUGAAGCCAAUGGUAGUUCACCUGGCAGAUGUCAAAGAAUUAGUUGGUUUGGUGAAGUCGGACGCGACUAUAAACACAAUAACAACAACAGCAACAACAUAUGUAGUGUGGCCAGAGCUUAACCGCGGCCCAAAACUGUCACUUGGUUCUCUUGCAGACUUAUAA